UGAAGCUGUUGUUUGUACUCAUUAAACCUAAUGUUAAUUAAAUACAAUUUAGGCGAAUGGAAAUUUGCUUCGUCGGCAGGUUUGCUGCAGCGGGGGUGUUUAUGAAUCUGUUAAAUUUUAUGAUGCUCUGAAGGCUGGACAUUGUUUUAAAGGUCUGCAGCUACAAAACCCAAGUCAGAAAUGAGCCAGGAAGAAUUAGCUAGGAGGGAAGAAGAGGAAUUCAACACGGGACCGUUGUCAGUUUUAACACAGUCUGUGAAAAACAAUACACAGGUUUUAAUCAACUGUAGAAAUAACAAGAAGCUGCUGGCUCGCGUAAAGGCAUUUGAUCGGCAUUGCAACAUGGUUCUGGAGAAUGUCAAGGAAAUGUGGACUGAACAACCUGCGACAGGAAAAGGAAAAAAGAAGUCCAAGCCAGUCAACAAGGACAGAUUUAUCUCCAAGAUGUUUCUCCGAGGCGAUUCAGUCAUUUUAGUGCUUAGGAAUCCUCUCGCCACUGCAGCUGGCAAAUAAUCUCAAACCUGUGAAUUCUUGAAAAUAUAAACUAUUUUUGCAAUUCUA